AUGGCGGUCGCGCUGCUGCUGCGCGCCCUGCGCCAGGGCCCGGGGCCAGGCCCAGGCCGGGGGCGGCUGUGGGGCCCAGGCUCGGGCUGGAGCCCCGGCCUCUGCGCUGGGGCCGGGAGGAGGUGGCCGCACUGGGUCCCCAGGCCUCCGGUGGGCCUCGCUAGGGCUGGAGGCCGAGCCUUACAGAGCUUGCGUUUACGACUGCUAACCCCUACCUUUAAAGGGAUCAGUGGAUUGUUAUUGAAACAGCAUCUAGUUCGGAAUCCAGUCAUACUUUGGCAACUUUUAGGUGGCACUUACUAUUUUAACACCUCCAGGAGGAAGCAGAAGAGUAAGGACAAUGACAAACCCAAGGGGAGGACCCCUGAAGAGGAGGAAGAGGAGAGGAGGCGCAGGGAGCGCGAGGACCAGAUGUACCGCGAGCGGCUGCGCACGCUGUUCAUCAUCGCCGUCAUCAUGAGCCUGCUGAACGCGCUCAACACCAGUGGGGGCAACAUCUCCUGGAACGACUUUGUCAACGAGAUGCUGGCUAAAGGCGAGGUGCAGCGGGUGCAGGUGGUGCCCGAGAGCGAUGUGGUCGAGGUCUACCUGCACCCCGGCGCCGUGGUCUUCGGGCGGCCUAGGCUGGCCUUGAUGUACCGAAUGCAGGUCGCAAAUAUUGACAAAUUUGAAGAGAAGCUUCGGGCAGCUGAAGAUGAGCUGAACAUCGACGGCAAGGACAGGAUCCCGGUUUCCUACAAGCGCACGGGAUUCUUUGGGAACGCGCUCUAUGCCCUGGGGAUGACGGCAGUGGGUCUGGCCAUCCUGUGGUACGUCUUCCGUCUGGCCGGCAUGACGGGGAGGGAAGGCGGAUUCAGUGCUUUUAACCAGCUCAGAAUGGCUCGUUUCACCAUUGUGGAUGGCAAGAUGGGCAAAGGAGUCAGCUUCAAAGAUGUGGCUGGGAUGCAUGAAGCCAAACUGGAAGUCUUAGAGUUUGUGGACUAUCUCAAGAGCCCGGAGCGCUUCUUGCAGCUCGGCGCCAAGGUUCCAAAGGGUGCGCUGCUGCUCGGACCCCCCGGCUGUGGGAAGACGCUGCUGGCCAAGGCGGUGGCCACGGAGGCCCAGGUACCCUUCCUGGCGAUGGCCGGCCCGGAGUUCGUGGAGGUCAUCGGAGGCCUUGGCGCUGCUCGAGUGCGGAGCCUCUUCAAGGAGGCGCGGGCCCGGGCCCCCUGCAUCGUGUACAUCGACGAGAUCGACGCCGUGGGCAAGCGGCGCGCCAGUGCCGUGUCCGGCUUCUCCAACACGGAGGAGGAGCAGACGCUCAACCAGCUCCUGGUGGAGAUGGACGGCAUGGGCACCACGGACCACGUCAUCGUCCUGGCGUCCACCAAUCGAGCCGACAUUUUGGACAACGCUCUGAUGCGGCCAGGCCGUCUCGACCGACAUGUCUUCAUUGACCUUCCCACCCUGCAGGAGAGGCGUGAGAUUUUCGAGCAGCACCUGAAGAGCCUGAAGCUGACCCAGGCCAGCACCUACUACUCCCAGCGUCUGGCGGAGCUGACGCCUGGAUUCAGCGGUGCUGAUAUCGCCAACAUCUGUAACGAGGCCGCGCUGCAUGCCGCGAGGGAGGGGCACACGUCUAUCCACACCUUCAACUUCGAGUACGCCGUGGAGCGCGUCAUUGCCGGGACUGCCAAAAAGAGCAAGAUCUUGUCCAAGGAAGAGCAGAAGGUGGUCGCGUUCCACGAGUCGGGCCACGCCCUGGUGGGCUGGCUGCUGGAGCACACGGAGGCCGUGAUGAAGGUCUCCAUCGCACCGCGGACCAACGCCGCUCUGGGCUUCUCGCAGAUGCUCCCCAGAGACCAGUAUCUCUUCACCAGGGAGCAGCUGUUCGAGCGGAUGUGCAUGGCCCUGGGUGGCCGCGCCUCGGAGGCCAUCUCCUUCAACAAGGUCACGUCCGGGGCCCAGGAUGACCUGAGGAAGGUCACCCGCAUCGCCUACUCCAUGGUGAAGCAGUUCGGGAUGGCGCCUAGCGUUGGGCCCGUCUCCUUCCCAGAUGCCCAGGAGGGCCCUACGGGUGUGGGACGGCGCCCCUUCAGCCAGGGCCUGCAGCAGAUGAUGGAUCACGAAGCGAAACUGCUGGUGGACGCUACCAGACACACUGAGCGGGUGCUGCUGGACAACCUGGACAAGCUGCAGGCGCUGGCCAACGCCCUUCUGGAGAAGGAGGUGAUCAACUAUGAGGACAUCGAGGCCCUCAUCGGCCCGCCACCACACGGGCCUAAGAAGCUAAUCCCCCCGCAGAGGUGGGUCGACGCCCAGAGAGAGAAGCGAGACUCUGUGGAGGAAGCAGAGGCCCAGCAGCCCCUGCAAGGGGGGGAGCCGUCCUGGCCCAAGUAGUGGGGUCCCCCUGACUGCACAUGUGGCCAUCCGGAACCCAAACUCACUCCGCUGCCCUGGGAUUAUCUGCAGCUAAGAUCUGUGCCUCCUCUUCAAGCUCCCAAUGGUCUAUGCUGGAGGGCUCCAGGACUGAUCUCCCUCUACGUGAUUAGUAAAUUUCUUCGCAGAAAUGGCUGAUUAAACUUUGCGUGUGUAGUUUUCCCCUGUGGGGAAGGGCAUCAGUGCUUGUCACAAGCGUGCACAGGGCACUCUGUCCCCAGUGGGGUGGAGGCGGCCCAGAGGCAGCACAACAUUCAGAGUCUGAACAGACCCUGUUCGUGCCAGGGCUCCCAGACAGCCCGUCCCAGCUCCUGCGGCUCCCUCAGAAUGCCAGCAGGACCGAGGUGGGAGGACCCUCCAAGCCACUUGUCCUGUCCAUGGCUGUCAUCGUGCUGGCUCGUCAGUGAGGUCACAGAGUUAGUUAGGACCAGGCCCUGGGCUCUGGGGGAUUCAAACACAGCCACCUACCGCCGUGUGGACAGUCUCUAUUUGGGAACCUCUCCUCUCCUGCCUAGUUGUGCAGUGUUGGGACGCCUUAGUUUUUGCUGCCCUGAGAAUUGUCGUGGUACUUUACUAACAAAUUCUGUGGGUAGAGACUAUGUUUGUGCUGUCAGGCCGCUCUAACACAGAGGAGCCAAGGGGAUUGUCCUAGAUGACAAGGUCUUGUGUUUCCAGUUUAUCAUUUGAGCCACGCGGGAAUCUGUGGCCUGGAUGCUGCGGGGGUAAGGGACACAGGAUGCCCAGCAGUGGGCACGGCUGUCUGUGUGCCGGGGUGUGACACACACUUCCAGUUCACACUUCCUGCUCUCCUGCGUCCGCCCGCCCUCUGUGGUGCUUGGAGGUGGACUAAGGCCACUUCCUGGCGGAAUGGGCUGUGUGCUUUGGCUCCAGCACUCGGUGCCCAGAGGAGGUGCCGGCUGUGCUCUAGGGGUGCAGGUGCAGGUGCUUCCACACACCUGAGGGUGGGCAGCUCUGAGAGGACCGUGAUCUUUGCUUCCCCAAAUUUAUUACCAAAGAGCAGCAUCUAGUGGGAGGUCUGUGGCUGGUGACUUUGCCCUGGGGUGGCUCACUCUGUAGUUGUUCCAGAGCAGGUAUGACCCAGCUGAUUCCCCCCGAACUUACCUGCUGAAAUGGCCCAUUUCUGUCCAUCCUUUGGAAAAGCAUUUACCGAGUGCAGGAGAUGCCAGGCACAGUAAGGUCCGCAGCUCACGUGAGACUGAGUACUUCCUUAGAGCCCAGUAAGGUGCAGUCUGGUCUCCCAGUGCCUGCUGGUGUGAGCGAGUCUAGAGGCCACCCAGGGAGGGAAGGUCACUUUGGUUCUGCUCUAAUUUAUAGAAGCGAAUCGUUUGCCGCUUUGGCCCUCUCGGUCACUGGUGAUCUGCAGUGAACAUCACCUGUGCUUGAAAAGAUACUAGAAUUUAUUCCAACCUUGCUAACCAGGUACAGAGACCACACUGCUCCCCAUGCGCCUCUGAGGCCCUAAGGUGAAGAGGCUUCAACAGCAGCAUGUGGUCCCUGGAGCACCCAGAUAGCUCUGGGACAGGCCCCGGGGAGCCCGGCGUGGUCCUGCCCACAGCCCAGGCACAGGAGGCCUGCUUGUCCCUCUGUGACCCACUUUCAUCUGCUUAGGCCAGUGAGGUCUCAAGACAGACACAUGUUCUUUAUCUCUGUAUUUAACACAAUCAUAGAAAGCCCCAGAGUAUCAUUAAAGAGUGUUACAAGAAAAAAUUAACUUACAGUUUUAAAAGCAUAAUACAGCUUGUUCUUCUCCACAAUGGUCUAUACUGAUAAAUAAACAUUUUGGAUUCAGA